AAAUCAUCAGCCCCCAACGGUCCAAACCCUAACUAAACCCACCCACCCACCCACCCUCGGUGGAUUCCCUACCAAAUUCAGGCCACCGCCUUCAAAUCCCCCUCCCCCAAACCCCUCGAUCAUCAAUCAAUCCGAUCGAUGCGACCUCCCUCCCCCUCGAUUCGGCGGAGGCGGCGGCGCGAUCCGCAACCCUAACCCUAGCCAGCCCCGGAUCCGCCCGCGCGGGGCGUGGAGGCAUGGGCGGCGGCGGCGCCGACGAGUUCGGGCGGGCGGCGGCGAGGGCCGCGGUGGCGCGGACGCUGCAGGCGGCGGGCUUCGCCUCCGCGACCCGCUCGGCGGUGGACGCGCUCGCCGACGUCCUCCUCCGCUACCUCCGCCUCCUCGGCGGCGCCGCCAACGCCCACGCCAACCACGCCGGCCGCUCCGCCCCCAACGAGCUCGACGUGCUGCAGUUCCUGGGGGAGACCGGCGAGGCGUACCAGGGCUUCGAGGGCGCCUCCUCUACCCGCGGCUGCCUCGUCGGCUCCGGCGUCGUCAAGGAUUUGGUCGCGUUCGCUGGCGAUGCCGAUGACAAGCCGCUCUCCGUGAGGAGGCCGCUGCCCAGGUUUCCGGUGCGGCACGAUCCGCCGCCGUCGCGGUCGUGUGUUAGCUUUGCGGCGCUGGGCCGGGGGAGCGGGAUGAGGCAUGUGCCGGAGUGGCUCCCGGCCUUUCCGGAGCCCCAUACGUAUGCGAUGGCCGAGGAGUCGGGCGAGAUGGUCGGCGGGUCGUCGGCUGUGGUGGAUGAGGUUGAGCAGGUGCGGCGGCAGAGGAAGGCCGAGAAGUCGCUGCUUGGUUUGCAGCGGCAGCUGGCGCUCGCGGGUGGCAACGGGAUCCGCCCGGCGAUGGUGGUGGAGGAGGGUGCUGGCAAGGGGAAGGAGCUAGAUAGGGCUGUGGUCAAGAGCAAUCCGUUUAUUCAGUCAGCAUUGCGUUGUGGGGAGAAGGAGGUGCCAGAGGUUGCCAUGCCAAAUUUGGGGAAGAAACACCCUGUUCUUGAUGCCUUUGCACCUGCUUUCGCUGAAUCAGAAGGUGAAAGACUUGAUGAGGGGAGGAGGGACCAAGGUCGAUGUCGGAAAAGGAUAGUUCCAAAGGAGAGGCCACCGGUGUAUUUUAGGAUAGGGACUGAUAGGAAGUCAAGGGUGAUGGCAUUGAAUUCGAGAGCCUUGGAGGACCGUGAGGGCCCCUUGUUCCUGGAGGAUGAUCGGAAGCGGAGGGCACUGUCGAUAGCAGAACCAAUGGAGAAGCCUAGCUGAUCUGCUGUGCUCCUACCAUGCUGAUGCUGCUCGCGUCUUUCUUGCCGGUGAUGCUCUCCAAUUCUUAUCCUCUUACCGGUGCCGACCUUGGAGAUCCUUGCCGGCUUUCACUGCCAUUGAUGGGAAACAUAUUGUUGAUAGAAGCAGGAAACAUGCUGCCUGUUCUAUGCACUGUUAUCGAGUUGGAAGAUUUGCCAUCUGUUGGACUUUGAUUUCUACAUAUGUAGCCAUGCUGGCAUUCAGGGGACCAGCUGGCCUACUUCAUUAUCAUGUUCUAUGGGACGAGAUCAAAUUUACCACUGAUGAGUUGGAAACUCUUACAAACAACUUGUGCUACACGUAUGCUGGGUGCACCCGCCCUGUAUCGAUCCGUAAACUCCCCAUGCGAAAAGUGUUUCCUCUUUAGCUUCUCAUGCUAGACACCUUGCUGUAAAACUGAACGCUGACAAUUGCAGUUCCUCCAGCGUAUUAUGCACAUCUGGCAGCCUUCUGGGCUUGACCGGUCUGUUGCUUGCGGUUCAUGCGGCGCCAGGGCUUUUGGGAAUGUUGCUGUCGGGCCUCUCCCUGCCCAGAAGGAAAGAUGCCAAGUGUCAUGUUUUACUGUUAAGGUUGUGAUGAUUCCAUUGACGGUAUUAUAAGUGCCUGCGAGCUGUAUUGCUUUACACCAUUGUGCAAACAAUAACAAUUUUAAGGGUUAUUAGUUUUAGAUAGCAUGCAACACCGUGUUUCGCAUCCAGCUAAGAUCUUGCUUGACAACAGCUAGGGGUGUGAGAACAUAAAAAAUGUUCAGAUUUCCUA